UUUAACAAAUAUUUUUGUAAACAAAUCAUAUAACAUUUUGACUUGGGAUAAAUUGCUCAUUGUUUUGUGCUUUUUAUAAAACCAGUUAACUGAACAAAAAAUGGAAAUCAUAUCAGAAGAAAUAGACCGUUACAGUUUACAGUUGUCAGAAGAUGAAUAUUCUGAAGCCAAAGAAGAACUUACCAUUCCAAGCGUCGAUGUUCCUCUCGAAAAACUAAAAAGCAGCGGAGACAAACAGUGGGCAAAGGUGGUUCGCUACAUGAACACGUACCGGUUGGAGUCCAAGAGGCCGUUCAACGUUGAACACGUGACGGCGCUGCUCAAGGAGGUGUUGACUAGAGAUUUGGCAACGGCGCACUACGAGCCCAACAACAUGACCAAGAUGUGCGUCAACCUGGCCGGGGAGAUCCGCAACAAAGUCAAACAGCUCAACUACGACAGAUACAAGCUUGUCUGCUUGGUUCAGAUUGUAGAGAAACACAGACAAAGUGUCUUGUCUACAGCGAGAUUUCUGUGGGAUACAGACAGAGACAGCUAUGCUGUUUUCAGUAUGAACAACGCUCACAUCGCUGCGAUGGGCUGCGUGUUUGGGAUCUACUACGAGUGACGCUUCCGACCCCGCAAUGAUUCACCAAUCACAAAAUCUUGUACACAUAUAUAUAAUUAUUGUUAUAUAGUUGUAAAUAUUUU